AGCAGAGUAAACAAAUUUAGAAAAGUUUGGAGAUUGUAGUUAUUUUCCCAGGCCCAAAACAAAAAAAAAAAAAAAACACUUGUACAUAUAUGUGUAUAUAUAUAUGUUAUGUAUUGUUUUAGUCCAAAUUCAUUGUUUGUAUCAUGUUGGGUCUGCGACUGAUGCUGAGGCUAUUGCUGCUAUCGUUGUUUGGAGCUCUUGCAGAAAUAAUAACGACAACAACAACAACAACAACAACAACAAAAAAGCCAGUUAUCGAGUUGCCGGAACGCUGUAAAUAUCUAAAGGACGCAAAAGAGCUGAUGCACCUGAGGUGCAAAGGAAAUUUCCCGCUUGUGGCAUAUACCAAAUUCCGUGAUACCUUUAUGAAACAGACCGAUCGUAUGGCUCUAUUUAUGCCCAACUCCAUGGACUAUGUGAUGGUUGCCCUCAAGGAAUCCGAACUGCAUGACUGUGAUAGCAUUCGGCUGAUCGAGGUCAAUGAGUAUAUAUGCUACCCAAAGGAUGGCGGCAAGCGAACCGUCAAACUGAAGUCGGCACGAAUGUAUUGCUUUCCAUUUCAUAUACAACUGCCCGAUGAUCUGAUGCAUGAGUGCUUGGUUCAGAAGUUUCAAUCCUCUGUGUCUACGUUGCAGGCCAGCGUGCUGAGGACCAAACGCGGCAUCAUACACUAUACGUUCGACAAUGAUUCAGCUGUUCAAUAUUUACUGCCCAAACAAAUUGCCAUAUUUUUAACAAUAUUGAUUCUAUCAAUUCUUCUAUAUUUCUAAAUUGAAAAUGCCAGGAUAGAAAUUCCGAUCGGCGAAUGACAAGCGAUGAUUUACCAAGUAACGAGACAGAAGCAACUAGUAGAAAACAGCGAAUAGAGUAACAACAAGAAAGAAGGAAAAAAGCAAAGGCUAUAAGCUGCGAUUAGUAAGUGGUAUCAGCCAAAUAGUUAUUUUAGGUGUGAUUAGCCAGAAGCAAGUAGAAAGUUAAGAGUUAGAAACCGACAGAUUAUCCAGGGAGUUCUGAAACCAACUAGUGAAAAACAGCAAGUAAUAGUCUGUGAUUUCCAGCAGCGAGGUAUGCGAAACAAGAAAAAGGAGCGAGUAAGCAACAGCACGUCAGAAGCAACGAGUAACAAGUUAGAAAGCGAAAUCAACAGUUUAGCAGAGAGUAAGAAGGAUUAACUGAUGAGUGGUGAUCAACGAGCAAGCAAUAGCAAGCAAUAAGAAACAACGAAUGAGAAAUAAUCAGCGAAAAGAAGCACAAUAAACGAGUUAAAGGCAACAAGAACACAACCUUAAACAACAUGCAACGUAUGACUAGCAACGGAAUGUAAGCAACAUGUGCGGAACGACAAGUAAGAAAUAGCAAGCAACAACGAGUCGAGAUCAAGGAAAACGAAGUGAAAUCAACGUGUUGUAAGCUGCGAGAAAGAAGCAGGCAACGAAUCAGCAAUAACGAGUUGUUAGCAACGAGAACGAAUACGCAGUAGUUCCCACAAGGUAGUUGCCCUUCAGGAGCUGCCAUCGUCAAGUUGUCUGAAGCGACGAGUUGCAAAUAUCGAACUGUCAUCGGUUGAGUAUUGCCACCAACGUGCUACAAUACUCAAAUCUAAAAUCUCUCUUCGUUAACCAAUUAACGGUCGUAAAUAUUAAUACGCAUCUCGCAAAAUGAGAUCCAUUGUGUGGAGUCGGGCCAUAGAGAUUGAUCAGUCACACCAGAAACCCAAGGAAUAAGCAUGAACAACAAAAAUUACUUAAAAUCUUUCAACCGCUCCAGUCAUGUCUCAGGAGAUGAUGGGAGUUGAUGUUGUGUUAAAUCGAAUUUCUUUUUGUUCAGUGUUAUUUUUAUCCAUACUCAUCUGCGUGUUCAACUGCAAUGUUAAAUAUUUAUUUUA